GCUGGGAAAGGCAGACCAGAAAAGAGUGACAAUAGAGAAAAAUGUUGAGAGUUAUAAUAUUAUUUGUUAUGCUAUUCGAACUAUGUCACGUAUCAGUGGCGACGGCGACAAAAAAGACGUACAUCGUUCACAUGGCGAAGUCGCAAAUGCCGACCAGUUUCCGGCAUCAUGCUCACUGGUACGACUCGUCUCUGAAAGCAGUGUCGAAUUCGGCGGAGAUGAUGUAUGUAUACAAGAAUGCGAUACAUGGAUUCUCCGCCAGGCUUACGGCAAAACAAGCUAGGUUUAUGGAGAAUCUGCCCGGAGUUCUGUCUGUGUGGCCGGAGAUGAAGUACGAGUUGCACACGACUAGGACGCCGAUGUUUUUGGGGAUAGACGAGACCGCCGGUUUCCUCCCCAGCUCAGCUGCGGAGAGUGAUGUAAUCAUCGGAGUACUUGAUACCGGCGUUUGGCCGGAGAUCAGGAGCUUCGACGACUCUGGACUUGGGCCGGUGCCUAGUUCGUGGAAAGGCGCGUGUGAGGGUGGGACCAACUUCAGCGCGUCGAAUUGCAACCGGAAGCUGAUAGGCGCGAGGUUCUUUUCCAUGGGGUACGAGGCGAGCGCGGGGGCGAUUAAUGAGACCGACGAGUUCAAAUCUCCUCGGGACGACGACGGCCAUGGGACCCACACCGCGUCCACCGCGGCAGGGUCGCAGGUCGUUGGCGCCAGCCUGUUUGGUUACGCGCCGGGGAGCGCUCGCGGAAUGGCUACGCGCGCGCGAGUAGCGGUUUAUAAAGUCUGUUGGAAAGGCGGUUGUUAUAACUCCGAUAUUCUCGCGGCCAUGGAUAAGGCCAUCGAGGAUGGCGUCAAUAUUCUCUCCUUAUCGCUCGGUGGAGCUUCGGUUGAUUACUACGCCGAUAGUAUCGCGGUAGGAGCUUUCGCUGCAAUGGAGAACGGAAUUCUGGUUUCCUGCUCCGCCGCAAACGCCGGCCCUACACCGUCCAGUCUGGCCAACUCAGCGCCGUGGAUUACAACCGUCGGUGCCGGAACUUUGGACCGGGAUUUCCCGGCUUCCGUUAGCCUCGGAAACGGAAAGAAAUUUUCCGGUGUUUCGCUAUAUAAAGGCGAUCCAUUGCCCGGUAAACUGCUUCCUUUUGUCUACGCCGGAAAUGCUAGCAACGUUACCGGUGGAAAUCUAUGUAUGGAGGAUAGUUUGGAUAAGGAGAAGGUGAAGGGCAAAAUUGUACUUUGUGAUCGAGGGGUAACCGCUAGAGUUGAUAAGGGCGCUGUGGUAAAAGCAGCAGGCGGGGCCGGGAUGGUGUUGGCCAAUACCGACCUCCAGGGGGAGGAGUUGGUGGCGGACGCGCAUUUGCUUCCGGCGACGGCGGUGGGGCAAAAAUCCGGCGACGCCAUUAAGUCCUACUUGUUCUCGGAUCCUAAUCCAACGGCCACGAUUUUGUUUGAAGGGACGAAAGUGGGCGUGGAACCGUCGCCAGUACUCGCCGCGUUCAGCUCACGCGGCCCCAAUCCAGUCACGCCGGAGAUACUAAAACCCGACAUAAUCGCCCCGGGAGUCAACAUCCUGGCCGGUUGGACCGGCGUCGCCGGUCCAACCGGGUUACCGGAAGACAACAGACGAGUCGAGUUCAACAUAAUAUCCGGCACGUCAAUGUCGUGUCCCCACGUGAGCGGCCUCGCCGCCUUGCUAAAGGCGGCGCAUCCAAACUGGAGCCCCGCCGCCAUCCGCUCAGCGUUAAUGACCACCGCGUACACCGCCUACAAAUCCGGCGGCCAGCUAAUCGACGCCGCGACGGGAAAACCUUCCACCCCGUACGAUCACGGGUCGGGUCAUGUCGACCCGGUAUCAGCCCUAAACCCGGGACUAAUUUACGACGCCAACACCGACGAUUAUCUCAACUUCCUCUGCGCAUUAAACUACACUCCGUCGGACAUCAACAUCCUUUCCAGAAGAAACUUCACCUGCGACUCAACCAAAAAGCACAGCGCCGGCGACCUCAACUACCCGUCCUUCGCCGUUCCGUUGUCGGGUUCGAAAUCGUCGGUGAAGCACACUCGAACUCUCACAAACGUGGGAGAAUCAGGAACGUACAAAGUCUCGGUUUCUUCUCCCAAUUCCGUAAAAGUGUCGGUUGAGCCGCAAACGCUGAGUUUCACGGCGAUGAAUGAGAAGAAAUCGUACACCGUGACGUUCAGCGCUCCGGCGGCAAUGGCUUCCGGCACAAAUAUGUUCGGGAGAAUUGAGUGGUCAGAUGGGAAGCAUGUUGUGGGUAGUCCGGUGGCCAUUACUUGGUCGUAGAUCAUACUGGUUUUCUGAUCUGCAAAUCUAUAUAUAUAUUUCUGUUGUAUACAUAAUACUAUAACUUGCUCAAAGGAGUGAGUUUAGCCAUUUAGCAAAUAAUAAAUAAACUGACCAAAAUUAUCUCGA